AUGCGAUUAAAGAAAUUAGGAGCAGAAUAUUUUAGAACAUUGAGGGGUGGUAAGAUUACUUUUCAUGGGCCUGGUCAAUUAGUUUGUUAUCCAAUACUGAAUCUAAAUAAUUUCAAGUUGUCGGUAAGAUCUUAUGUUGCAUCAAUUGAAAAAUUGAUUAUUGAUACAUGCUCUGAAUAUGAAAUUAAAGCCAGAACUACCAAAGAUACUGGCGUUUGGGUUGAAAAUGAGAAAAUAUGUGCAAUUGGUAUUCAAGUUCAAAGAUUUAUAACAUCGCAUGGAUUUGCACUUAAUUGUAAUACAGAUUUAAGAUGGUUUGAUCACAUAAUUCCUUGUGGGAUUGAAGGUAAAAGUGUAACUUCGAUUACAAAAGAACUUAACAAACGAGGAGGAGAAACAAAUCAAGAAAUCAGCGUGGAACAAGUUUUACCAAUUCUAUUUAAAAAAUUCAGCACUUUACUUGGUGGUGGUGAUAAUGGCGUUGCUAUCAGACAAUUAAUGCCAUUAAAUGAAUUGAGUCAUAUUGAAAUUUAUAAUAAAUUAAAUAUUGAAAUAAAAAAAAUCGCAAAAUGA